AUGUCAUCGAUUGCUGUGUGCACAACGAUCUUCGUGGCAGGGGAGCGCGGUGACCCCAAGACCUUCAGCUUUUUCUCACAGCAGCUUGGCGUGCCUCUCAUUGACCACUGGUGGCAAACGGAAACGGGAUGGCCCAUCACUGCGCCGUUCGCCAGUGAAAUAAAUGACGACGAGCAUCGCGACUACAGCGACAGCAAUGCGAAACAAGAUGCUGAGCUUGUGGUUAAACUGCCUCUUCCUCCAGGUGCUUUGAUUGCCUUGCACAACAACCCAGACGAUUUCGACGCCAAGUAUUUCAAGCGAUUCCCCGGCUACUACCACACUGGAGAUACUGGGCGCAUUGAUGAAGAAGGUUUUGUCUACGUCAUGCCACGAACGGAUGACGUCAUAAACGUUGCAGGACAUCGUAUCACUACGGGAUCGAUUGAGAAAGUCAUCAUCGAGAUCCCGGAAGUUGUCGAGUGUGCCGUGUUUGGCGUCGUCGAUACGCUCAAGGGACACGUCCCGCUCGCUCUUUUGGUAAUUGAUGAGAGGACCGAUCGAUCCAACGAAGAGAUCAUUCAGCAGGUAAUAAGCGACGUGCGUGAGCAGAUGGGCAGCUUCGUGUGCCUGAAAAGUGUCGGCCUAGUCGACGCGCUUCCAAAAACAAGGUCUGGUAAGGUCAUGCGCGCUACUAUGCAAGCUAUUGCUGACUCGACUCCGUUUCGCGUACCGGCUACCAUCGACCAUUUUGCGGCACUGGACGGUAUUUGCUCGGUACUCGAAAAGCUAGGCUACGCUUCGUCGAAUUCUGUCAUUACAGGCAAGUAG